AGUUGUACUAGGCACAAUACGCACAAGCUUCUUUGAAGUAGAUGAGGAUCGUUGACACAGCUCUACUUCUCCCUCUGGAAGUUUCCCUUUCUUUGAACAGGAUUUAUCGGUGAAAUUAUGGCGCUUGCUUAUCGUCGCUGCCGCCAUUUAAGAAUGGAGGCUUGUUCUACUUCUCUCCUGAAAUUCUUCUUGUUUGUUUCUGGCGUUGGUUCUUUUGCGACCGUGGUUAGCGCGGCAAGGGUGGUGACGGCGGACAGAGAUUCGACAGUACACGGGGACAACUGCGAUGGCGCAGCCGCGGAUGCAAUGUGGAGCCAGUUGUUGGAAAAUGAUCGUUUGAUUCCAUGUCGGCUGUCGCUUUCAUCGCUUGGCGAAUUGCAAGUUGCGAGUCGCAAUUUCGCUUAUCUAGUGCCUCGACAGUCAUUGCUAAGUCGCGCGAAAUAUCUGACGCACGCAGCAACGUCUACUGAAGUUGCUGACGAUUUCGAUGGCGAGCGUCUGAAUCUUGACUGUCGUAACGAGGACACCACAGAAAAUUCCCCGUCAUUAGAUGAGGCACGGGGAGCAAAUUCUACUGCAGGACGAUCAGCUAGCAGUACCCCUGUAGAAGAUGAAGUAGCACUGCGGCCAUCAGUAUCGCCAAGACAAGGUGGAGAAGUACAAGACGCUGUGUCAACAUUACCGAGUCAAAGUUUAUUUGAGGGAGACCAGGAACAGUUCUUCGUGGAUGAGGUUGAUGUUGCGCGUUCCUUGAUGCGAGCGUCCCGGAGGGAAGCAGUGACUACAAACAAUAACGUGAUUUCAGCAAGAGCAGCCACACCAGUAGGUGCAUCAUCUUCAUCAACAACUACGCCAAGUGCGGGAGGUCCAAGUUUUAUGAGUAUUGAGACAGCGAGAACGCUCUUGGCUAGGCCACUUGUUUACCAAGAUCAAACAGAGUUAAGAGCAACAACAUCAAGCGCAAGGGAAGUCGAAGACGUGGGAGAAGCAGUAACACGCAUGCAUGCGCUUGGAAGCCAACGCGCGAGAGCAAUGGAUGAGCUUGUGGAAGCGCUGGCUGCGCCAGGCUGCCGUGCAGCUGUGUCAGCAAUUUCACGGAUCAUAACCCAGCAAAGCGCACCGAUUCGCGUUCGCGUUCGUGCGAUGCAAGUGACUAUUGCGAGGAUUCAACUAUGGGCGGAUGAACGGCUUCAGAGACAGCGAGACGACCUUUCAGCAGCCUUGGAUUCGGUUGAGGGCAUGUUUCCAGCAGCUGUGCUAGAGCAUGACCGCGACGUGCGGUCAUCCACGCCUUGCAGUGGUGCGUACGAAACCCUGGUGCCCGCGCUGGCUACUGUAGCUUCGAACGCGAGACAACCCGAGCUGUCACCAGGUCGAAGAGUCGGGACGCUCGUUAUUCUGGAGGAUGAAGCGAUAAGAGAACAGGGCUUGCUGGCUGACGUGGCGGUGAACAGUCUCGUUCAGCUGACCCUUAUGGCGGGAGCGCAUACCGUGGGACGCGCGGCACUGCAGACGCUGUUGCGGAUCUUCCAAAACACCAGUGUAUCCGCAAAAACAAGAAAAAUAGUCCAUAACUCACUCUGUCGCUGCUCCAUUCGACAGCAACUGACGACGGAUAGAAACAGCCCCAAUUACUUCGAGGAAGGAGCGGAAGUAAUCCGGUACUUGAACUGGUAUUGCACGAGCCAAUCCUGGCCGUAG